CAGUGAACGUCCAUAAGAACUGCAAGAGUUUACUGGCUGAAUGCAGCAGCAGCAGACCCAAGAAAGAUUUGCAGCACAGACCUUCUGGAUCUCCACAAAGUUCGCCCCAGUGCAUUUCCCCAGCUGCUUCUUUGAAGGAGCAACCCCGAAGUCUCCUCCUGGGACCGGAUGGCACCCCAGUACUCUCCCGGAAUCUCGGUAUGACUAUCGCCCAAAGGGGAACUUCUCAGUCUUCACUGAAUACUGCUGGAGCCGUGAAUAAAUUUGGGUUAAUUUCAGGAGACAUGGAUGAAGGGGAUUCAGGCUUUGUAAAAUUUAAGCAGACUUCAGAUGAUGUUGUCUCACUUGCACCUUCAACAGCAGACUCCAUUUUUCUGGAAGAUGCAUAUUCUGUAUCCCUCCGAAGUGAAAUAGAAACAGAUGCUCAUGAGUUUGAGGCAGAGUCUUGGAGUGUUGCAGUGGAACAGUCUUAUGUAAAAAAGCAAAAGAAAGACAUUAUAAAAAGGCAAGAUGUCAUUUAUGAAUUAAUGCAAACUGAAAUGCACCAUGUUAGGACACUGAAAAUAAUGCUGAAGGUGUACUCCAGAGCCAUGAGAGAGGAGCUGCAGUUCCCAAAUGCUGUCAUCAACAAGCUCUUCCCCUGUGUGGAUGAGCUGCUGGAGAUGCACGGGCAAUUUCUGCUCCAGCUGAAGGAGCGACGGAAGGAAUCCUUGGAAGAAGGCAGUGAGCGGAAUUACGUAAUCCAGAACAUUGGAGACCUCUUGGUAAAGCAGUUUUCAGGUGAAAAUGGAGAGAGAAUGAAAGAAAAAUACGGUGUCUUCUGUUGUGGGCACAAUGAAGCUGUUAGUCACUAUAAAGACCUGCUCCAAAGCAAUAAGAAGUUCCAAAACUUAAUAAAGAAAAUUGGGAACUGUUCCAUCGUGAGGAGACUUGGAGUGCAGGAGUGUAUCCUUCUAGUGACCCAGCGCAUCACCAAAUACCCCGUCCUGGUGGAACGCAUUAUACAGAACACAGAAGUUGGAACUAGAGAUUACGAAGAGCUGACCCAGGCCCUUAGUUUAAUUAAGGACACAAUCACUCACGUCGAUGCCAUGGUAAAUGAGUGUGAGAAGGGUCAGCGCCUGAAAGAGAUCAUGCACAAAAUGGAGCUCAAAUCAUCUGGGAAGUGCAAGAAUGGGCUGUUCUUCAGGAAGGAUGACAUGGGGCAGAGGCGGCUUCUGCUGGAUGGGAUGCUCUACUGGAAAGCUGCCUCCGGGCGGCUCAAAGAUAUUCUGGCAGUCCUAUUAACUGAUGUAUUGUUGCUCUUACAAGAAAAGGACCAAAAAUACACCUUUGCAUCAGUGGACUCCAAGCCACCAGUUAUCUCACUGCAAAAGCUGAUUGUAAGAGAGGUAGCUAAUGAGGAAAAGGCAAUGUUCUUAAUUAGCGCUUCCUUGAAAGGACCAGAAAUGUAUGAAAUUCACACCAGCUCCAAAGAGGAGAGGAAUUCCUGGAUGGCACACAUCCGCAGAGCUGUAGAGAGGUAAAUUCUGAGUGAAAGUGGGAG